AUGGUUCACUAUCGUUCUGUGCUUACAGCUGCCGUCACUGUCGGAGCUGCCUCCUCUACUCUUGCUGUUCCUUUGCCGCCUUCUGGUGACUUGAGCAGUAUUCCCAACAUUGCUGUUACUCAAGCCACCGCACCUCCCAUUCCUGGGCUACUAUCCACCUCUUCUGGUGACGGUUCGAAACUGAAUGCCCGCGAAUUAGACUCUAUCUUCAAUGAUGGAAUUCGGAUACCUCAUUGGCAUCACCACCCUCACGCUCAUGGAGAUGAAGAGAUCAAGGUUGAGGUGAAGGAGUUCUAUGGCCACCGUCACAACAACGAGCAGGAUGAGCAGGAUGAGCAAAAUGUUCCUCACCCCAAUGCCCACCACCUUGAGCAUGAGAUCCAAGUACUUCCAAUUCUGGUUCCUAUUCCUGAGCAUCACAAAGAUCACGUUCGUAUUCGCUUUGGCUUUCUUUCUGCAUACAGUCAUGUAUCACCAUUUGGGAUGAUGAAAUUUCUUGGUCGAAAAUAA